AUGGCAGAACAAAGAGAACAGUACAGCAAAGUUCUUCUAAUUUUCUUAUCUGAGUACCAGAUGGUCAAGAAUCCUUGUCACAUAGAAAGACGUUUCAAUCCCAUGUAUAGAAAAGAAGGGGACCUAAUCAUUGCUGGAUUCCUCUCCCUUUUUGUGAAGGUAGAGAUUCAAGUGAACAAAUUAUUCUUCCAAAUAUGUCCCUUCAACAGUUAUGCACAACAAACGUCAAUGUUCAAACAAUAUCACUAUUUCCUUGCUCUUCAGUAUGCUGUUGAUGAGAUCAACAAGAACCCCUAUUUGCUGCCCAACAGAACUUUGGGAUAUCAGUUACUCAAUAACUUCCAUCUGGAGAAACUAGCUGUGGAGAGCUCCUUAAUAUGGCUAUCAGGGAGAGGUCCCAUUAUCCCCAAUUAUAGCUGUGAUAAACAAUCCAAUUCUGUGGCUGUCAUUGGAGGGAUGUCUGCUACACUUUCCAUGGCCAUGGCCACCAUUCUCGAACUGUAUAAAGUUCCACAGAUCCACCACUUUCUGAAAUUCAUCAGUUCUGUCAAUAAUUCCAGUGAUGGGUCACAUAAGGAUGGAGUCCAGGUGGAUGCUGAGACAUAUGAUAUACUCAAUUAUAAAUCCUUCCCUGACCAGAUAGAGACGUUGGUCAAAGUGGGUGAAGUGCAUCCUCUUGCUCAGAGAUUCAUCAUUAAGAAAGAAGACAUAGAUUGGCCAGAAGAUUUCCAUCAGACUCCAACUUCUAUGUGCAAUCUGAAGUGUGGCCCUGGAUUCCAAAAGACAGCUCUGGAAAGCCAGCCCAGGUGUUGCUAUGCUUGCACCCCAUGUCCUAAAGGGACAAUUUCCAACCAGACAGAUGCAGAGCAGUGCCUGCAGUGCCCUGAAGAUCAAUAUCCUAAUAGGGAAAGAGAUUGUUGCCUCCCUAGGACUGUGACCUUCCUGGCCUAUGAAGAACCUCUGGGAAUGACUCUAGCCUGUACAGCCAUCUGCUUCUCCCUCCUUACUAUGCUUGUCCUGGGGGUCUUUGUGAAGCACAGAGAUACCCCCACAGUCAAAGCCAAUAACCGCAGUCUCAGCUACAUGCUGCUGGUCUCCCUUGGCCUCUGCUUCCUCUGCCCCUUGCUCUUCAUCGGCCAUCCUACCACAGCCACCUGCCUGCUGCGCCAAACCACAUUUGCAGUUGUCUUUACAGUAGCCAUUUCCUCCAUUUUGGCUAAAACUAUCACUGUGGUUCUGGCCUUCAGGGCCACAAAACCAGGCAACAGGCUCCGCAGGUGGCUGGGAUCCACAGCAUCUAACUCUCUCAUUUUCACCUGCACCCUCAUCCAAAUGUGUCUCUGUGGCAUCUGGCUUGGGACAUACCCUCCCUUCCUGGAGAUGGACAUCCACUCUGAGCCUGGCUCCAUUAUCAUCCAGUGCAAUGAGGGCACUCUCCUCAUCUUCUACUGUGUCCUGGGCUACAUGGCCUUGCUGGCCUUGGCGAGCUUCACCGUGGCUUUCUUGGCCAGGAACCUGCCAGAUACUUUCAAUGAAGCCAAGUUCCUGACCUUCAGCAUGCUUGUGUUCGGUAGCGUCUGGAUCUCCUUCCUGCCCUCGUAUCAGAGCUCCAAGGGCAAAGCCAUUGUGGCCUUGGAAGUCUUUGCCAUUUUGACUUCCAGUGCUGGGAUUCUCGCUUGCAUCUUUGCUCCCAAGUGCUAUGUGAUCCUUCUAAGAAUAGAACAAAAUACGCAAGGGAUACUUAAAAAGAAAGCAACUCCCUCAGAAGCCAGGGCUUCUCAAGCUCGCCAGUCACAGUCAAGGAGCUCCUUUUAUCCGGUCAUGAGAAAAUGUUGA